AUGACCCUGCCCUUGAUAAAACACAGUGGACCAACACCAGCAGGUGACAUGGCACCCCAGACCAUCACUGACUGUGGCCCAGGUCAGGCGCUUCUGCCGCUAUUUCUGGUUCAAAAGUGGCUUGACCUGGGGAAUGUAGCCCAUUUCCUGCACACGCCAGUACAUGGUGACUCUGGAUGUUUCUUCUCCACACUCAGUCAACUGCUUCCGCAAGUCCCCCAAGCAUUUUUAAGCCUUGUGCAUUGUUGUUUGACGGAAUGUUUCAGGUACAUCAGUGAACUGAGGCUGGUUCGAGUUCAUGGAUCAGAAGGCGGGAUCUACACUUUCUCAGCCAAUCACAAAUACGAGUCUGUCAAUCAGUCAUUCACCGUUCAUGUUAUAUGUAAACCAGUGAUAGUUUCCCAGGAAGGGCCUGUUGAUGGACAGGUGCGGUGCGUUGCUUCAGGAUAUCCUGUCCCCAAAAUAUCUUGGUAUUACUGCGAGCCACCACAUACUCGAUGCUCCCACCUGUUGAAUGCGACACAAGCAGAUGAGGAGUUUGCUGUUAUUACAGUAUCGGGGUCAGAGUUUGGACGAAGUGAGGUGGAGAGUCGACUUAAUAUCAGCAAAGGGAAAUUUCACACUCUUGAGUGUGUGGCAAGUGCUCAAGGGGAACAGGCCUACACCCUUUUUUCAAUUAGUGAGAGAACCGUGCCUCAUAAACUCUUCACACCGCUGCUAUCUGGGGUUGUGUCCACUUCUGUUUUGCUUAGCUUCAUUCUGGUGGUUCUGCUUUACAAAUACAUGCAGAAGCCUAAAUAUGAAAUCCACUGGAAGGUGAUUGACAGUUUUGAUGGCAACAAUUAUACCUACAUAGACCCAACGCAGCUCCCUUAUGACCCAAAAUGGGAGUUUCCACGGGAAAGACUGCGCUUUGGUAAAAUCCUUGGCUCUGGAGCGUUUGGUAAAGUGGUGGCAGCUACUGCAUAUGGACUUUGCUCAGCCGACACAGUGACCACUGUUGCUGUAAAAAUGCUAAAACCGAGUGCGCACUCCACUGAGAAAGAGGCUUUAAUGUCGGAGUUAAAAGUCCUGAGUUACAUUGGUAACCAUAUAAACAUCGUCAACUUGCUUGGCGCCUGUACAGUAGGAGGUAUGUACUUAAUACUUUACUUUCAAACAAUGGUGAUAUAUAAGUUAUAAUAAGAUGUAGUAGUG